CCAAUAACAGUAAAUUCCUUUUUCAGUAAUUAAGAGAUAAGCCUGUGCAUUAAAUAUCUAAAUAUAUAUAACAACAAUGACAGAUAUCUCACGAGAAGAUGAAGUUGAUUCUGAACUUGUUGCACUUUCUGCAAUCUAUGAGGAUAAACUAAAAAUUGAGGAUGUUGAAGAAGAUAAAGUAAUAUCCAUUACUAUUUAUCCUGCGACAGCCGAAGAUAAGUCGUCCCAAUAUGUUUUCUUGAAGAUUUCAUUUACCUUGCCACAAAGAUAUCCUACUGUGCCACCACAUGUCAAUUUUUCAUUAUCAAGAGGAUUAUCAGACUCAAGUUUAAGUGAAUUGAAAAAUAGAAUGGAUGAAAUAAUCGAAGACAGAGAAGGCGAAUGCAUUAUUUUUGACCUAAUGGAGCUGGCAAAAGAUAGUUUAACCUCUAACAAUAUACCAAGUUGUGAAUGCUCAAUAUGUUUAUCAAAUUUUCAAGAUGGUGAUGAUUUUUUAAAAACUGAAUGCUAUCAUUAUUUUCAUUGCCAUUGUCUAUGGAAUUAUUACAACUACUGUACUGCAAAUGAAAAAACUACAGAAAUAGCAACUAGUACAACUGUACCUCCAAAUAAGAUCAAUACAACAGUGCCUUGCCCAAUAUGUAGGAUCCUACUAACACUGGAUCAUGAGCAAUUAGCAAAUGCAAAGCCACCAUUGCUUGAUACACUCGAUGAACCAGACUCCCAAAUAAUGAAACAGUACCAUGAAAAGUAUGAUGAACACUAUCAGAAGCAACUCAAAAAUGGUGGUUUGAUAGAUUUGGAAUACGAACAAAAUAAAUUUCUUUUAUCCAAUAUUCAAAGAAAUUAUGAAACUCAAAUUGCUGCUGAGGCAACUACUUCGGUGCGCGAUCAAAACGACACAUCAAGUAAUAUUGAACGUAAGCAAAAUGAUAAAAAAGAAAUUCAAUCGAACGGCAACAAACGUCAGAUGGGUACCGGUAAUAAUGAAAAAUUUCAGCAUGGACGAUCACAUUAUCAAAACAAGAAUAGACAACAGCCUCAUUGGAGAAAAAGUCAUGAAAAAGAUUUUGAGACGUCAGAAUUUUCUAAUAGAGGGAAUAGGGUAAACAAAAGAAAUUAUCACAACAAUAGAGGAAGCCGAACUCCGCAGUAUUUUCCACAUCGAAACCAUCAAAAAAUAGACACAAAAACUGAUGAAUCAGAGGACAAAAGCCGUAAAGCGAAUUCUGGUAAUGCAUCUUCUAAUGAAACAAUGAAUAAAGUCGAUAUAUCACACGCCCACUUCACUAGAUGUAGUAAAAAAGGAAUGGCACAUUGUAGCACAGCAGAAGACAGAAAUGCACUUAAAGAUGACGGUUCAGGUUCCAAUUUAAAAAAAUAUGGAUAUAGACAAUUUGAUGCACCCCACCAUUACAGAAACAAUGAUAUGGGUAACAGAACUCAGUAUCACAAUUAUAGGCCUCACAGAUUUUUCAAAAACCGAGGUGAAAGAACUGCUACUCCAAAAACUAAAUAUCCCACUCCCUCCUCCAUGUAACACAAAUGCUGUAAACUGUGAAUAUCGAACAUAGUUAUGCGCACGAGAUAAGUCUCCUAUAUUUUUGAGUGAGUGUGUAUGACGUUAAUAAAAAAUAUUUGGCAAAAAAAGAUGUGAAAAGAAAUCCUAUUUAUGUGCUUGUAAAUGUACUAUUGCUUUAGUUAUAGACCUAUUUUUAUAAUAUUACGGAGAAUAAAGUAUAUUAAUGUCAGAA